ACGUGGUCAACUUCCACUCCACCUUCCCUUCGGGAAUACGAGAGAGGCUGCACGACGUGCUGGUGGAGGAGUACUCCCUCACCACGAAGCAGCUGAGGAGGCUGACGAAGAGCACCACCCAGAGCGUCAACGGCCCCAGGCUCACGCAGUCUGAGCUCUACGAGAUGGAGCAGCACGAGAAGACGCGGCUGAGGCAGCACCACGCGGACCACGCGAGCGACACGAGCCACCUCCUGGCGCCGUCCCUCGUGCCAGUGGAGGCUGACAUCGGCAAGCCCGCGAAGUAA